AUGCAAAAUAUGAGGAAAAACAGGGUUGAUGAUGGAUCCUACGGCAACCAAUGUGGGGAGUGCGCUCAAGGAAUCUACGUGGAUUGCUUUGUCACAGACUGGGGCUGUGAGCCCUUUAGCCUCUGGCAGUUAGAGGGCGAUGGGGGGCUUUCCGGCACCUGCAACAGCGGGCCUGUGACACGGAGCAGCAAACGAUGGCUCGAAGCUGGCUUGCACCCGCUACGCAUCGAGUAUUUUCAACGCGGCGGAGAUGCUAAACUGCUCUUCAGAUACUCUGGACCAGAUACACAGGAGAACAUGAUCGUCGUGCCAAGGCAGAAGUUGGGCUUCCCAAGGUACAUUGGGUUCAUGAAAGAAGUUUUCGAUGUCUCGGAGGAUGACCCGACGAUGCUGCCACCUGCUGCUAAUUUGGGCGCAGCUUACCCGAACGCAAGACUGCUCUACCGAAUGGACGACAACUUCCAGAACACAGGUCCCGGUGAAGGAGACUUGAGUGACGAGGUGGAGAUGCUGGCCCGACCGCUCUACAUCCGCUGGCAUGGCUAUUUCCUCAUUGCAAAUGGUGGCGAGUAUAUUUUCCGAAUCCGAUCGGACGACGGCGGCCGCCUGACCAUGGGUGGUCGGGGUCUUGGCGGAGAGUCCGCGGUUGUCACGAACGAUGGCCUGCAGGAAGGGGCCUCCACGCAGGACUUCCGCCUCUUCAUGCUGCCUGGCUUGCACCCUGUCCGGAUCGAGUUCUUCUGGAAGCCGGAUGCCAGCCCUGUCGUAUCCGUUGAACGGCCCCCGGGCAUCCAGGUGCUGUACUCGGGCUUUGACACGGGUGGCUACUUCCUCUCGGUAGCGCGUGACAGAGCGGGCCGGGUCACACAGAACGAGUUCGACUGUGAGCUGAGGCCGAGCCGGGCAGUUUGGCAGAAUCUUGAGAUAUGA